AUGGCACGGCAGAGCAAGAGCCGAAAUGACAUCAACGUCUACGAAAUUCACCCUGACCCCCAGAGCCUAGAGCAGCAGCCCUUGGCUCAGGCGAUGCUAGCCGCCGAAGCACCGAUCCGUGCACCAGGCAAGUUAGAUCCGCUUACUGAGCAUCGAUUACUACGGCGGAAUUCGUGCAACAGCCCCGUCCGAUUGGGUCUGCUCAAGUGA